CGCCCCUCCUCUGUCACUUCCUGAUUCCCGCUUCCUGCUUCCCAGAGGCCGGGAUCCGGAGCCGCCCGAGGCUGGUGCUGCAGCCCCUGGCGCCCCCGACAUGUCCUUCCGUAAAGUGGUCCGGCAGAGCAAAUUCCGGCAUGUGUUCGGGCAGCCGGUCAAGAAUGACCAGUGCUAUGAAGACAUUCGAGUGUCCCGUGUCACCUGGGACAGCACCUUCUGCGCAGCCAACCCCAAGUUCCUGGCAGUGAUUGUGGAGGCCAGUGGCGGGGGUGCCUUUCUGGUGCUUCCGCUAGGCAAGACAGGCCGCAUUGACAAGGCCUACCCAACAGUGUGUGGGCACACAGGACCUGUGCUGGACAUUGACUGGUGUCCCCACAAUGACGAAGUCAUCGCCAGUGGCUCCGAGGACUGCACAGUCAUGGUGUGGCAGAUCCCGGAGAACGGGCUGGCCUCCCCGCUGACAGAGCCAGUGGUGGUGCUAGAGGGGCACACCAAGCGAGUGGGCAUCGUCACCUGGCACCCGACAGCCCGAAACGUGCUGCUCAGUGCAGGCUGCGACAACGUGGUGCUCAUUUGGAAUGUGGGCACAGCCGAGGAGCUGUACCGUCUGGACAGCCUGCACCCUGACCUCAUCUACAAUGUCAGCUGGAACCGCAACGGGAGCCUCUUUUGCUCAGCUUGCAAGGACAAGAGCGUGCGCAUCAUCGACCCCCGCCGGGGCACUCUGGUGGCAGAGCGCGAGAAGGCUCACGAGGGUGCCCGGCCCAUGCGGGCCAUCUUCCUGGCAGAUGGCAAGGUGUUCACCACAGGCUUCAGCCGCAUGAGCGAGCGGCAACUGGCGCUCUGGGACCCAGAGAACUUUGAAGAGCCCAUGGCCCUGCAGGAGCUGGACUCAAGCAACGGGGCCCUGCUGCCUUUCUACGAUGCCGACACCAGCAUGGUCUACAUCUGUGGCAAGGGCGACUCCAGCAUCCGGUACUUUGAAAUCACAGAUGAGCCCCCCUACAUCCAUUUCCUGAACACGUUCACCAGCAAGGAGCCCCAGAGGGGCAUGGGCAGCAUGCCCAAGAGAGGCUUGGAGGUCAGCAAGUGUGAGAUUGCCCGGUUCUAUAAACUGCAUGAGCGCAAGUGCGAACCCAUUGUCAUGACUGUGCCAAGAAAGUCGGACCUCUUCCAGGAUGACCUGUACCCUGACACAGCUGGGCCUGAGGCGGCCCUAGAAGCAGAGGAGUGGGUGAGCGGACGGGACGCUGACCCCAUCCUCAUCUCACUGCGGGAGGCCUAUGUGCCCAGCAAACAGCGGGAUCUGAAGGUCAGCCGGCGCAACGUAUUAUCUGACAGCCGGCCUGCUGUGGCCCCAAGCUCUGCCCGCCCAGGGGCCUCUACACCCACGGCCCCUGUUGCUGACACCACCCCUAGCAGCAGCCUCCCCGGAGCCAGGGAGGCUGGGAAGCUGGAGGAGGUGAUGCAGGAGCUGCGAGCACUGAGGGCACUGGUCAAGGAGCAGGGGGAGCGCAUUGGCCGCUUGGAGGAGCAGCUGGGCCGCAUGGAGAACGGGGAUGCAUAGGAGCCCUUCCCAGGGUCCCUCACCACCACUGCCGCCACCUCCUUCCCCUCUUACUCAGCUUCUUUUGGCGGGCUGCGCCUCUGGGAAAGGUCAAGGGCUACUUCACCCCUGACCCGUCCUGGGACCAAUGCUGGAGCCCCACCUGGCUUUCGUCAUUUGUUACUGUGGAGGAUUUUAUACCAAGGCAAGCUCACUUGUACUCUGAAGGACCACCCCCACUCCCCCCACCAGCCCUCCGCUCCAGCCCCAGGGGAGGCAGGAGGAAUGGGCUCUAUAUUUUCAUUCCAAAUAAAAUUCUCUUUCUAAAGCCA